CGGCAUCUUGCGUUUCGCCAUCUGCGCGGCCAGCCAGCACUCCAGCAGCAGCCAUUACUCCUUCAUGCUGCUGCCUGCUUGAACGAUACACUCUACCGCUGUAUUCGUACGCAACAACGGAAUUAUUCUACUUUAAAAAUUGCCAAAAAACAGGUAGUUGUUCGUUUCCGCCUUUCAGAAAAUCAGAAUUAUCGUUUGAAGAACGUUCCUCUAGUAAUUAAUCUGUAGGUGUAGUGUUGUAGUACAUAGUCACCGCACACAACACAACGCCACCAUUUCCAUUGAAACCAGUGACCCCGGGGAGCAGGACGCUAUCGUUUUAUUUAUUUUUUUCGCAAAAGUUUUGUCGUGUUGCAGUGUUGGAUGUUGUUGGAUCAAUCACCCAUCAGGUUGGAAAACACUGUUAUUUGAUGAGAUUAUAGAUUUAUAGAUAGCAGUGAAACAGUAUUUAGAUGAUUACUUGACUUUUCAACUCACUUUUCAAAUAAAAUGCCUAAACUUUCCAGAUCAAAAUAUAGAAAAGCAAAAUUGCAUAGUGAUAUGAGUUUGGAAAAUAUAUGUGGAACUAAUAAUAAUCAAGAAAAUAAUGUUUCUUCUGAUGUUUACUUAAGUAAUAAUUUCCAAGCUGACAAUAAUGCUCGCAAUAAUGUGAAUAUACACGCCACACCACUCAUGGUAGCUUCUGAGAAUUUCAAUAAUGACUUAACGUUAGCAGAUCCCGGGGCAGAUCCUCCUGAUCUUGAUGGCAAUAAAGAAUUAGAUAUCAAUAUUUCCCUUUCACCUUUCAGAUUUAGAAGAUUCAAUUUCCAAUGUUGUCCAAAAUUUAGGAGUCAGUGACAAUAUUACAAAAAAAAAAGAUAUCACUUCGGAAUUAACAGAGUGGGCUUUAAAAUUCAACAUAUCUCAUAUUGCAUUGUCUGAUUUAUUAAAACGAUUGAAACCAACUUUUAAUGAAUUGCCCCUUGAUGCCAGAAGUUUACUACAUACACCUAGAAAUUUGGAAUAUAAAAUUGUUUUUCCUGGACAAUAUUUCCAUUUCGGCCUAGAAAAAUGUAUUAAGAACCUAUUUUGUUGUAUUAAAAACAAGCCUAUAGACAAAAUUGAGAUUUAUGUUAAUAUUGAUGGACUUCCACUAUCAAAAAGUUCUGGAUCUCAGUUUUAUCCAAUACUUUGCUCACUAGUGCAAAAUAGAAAUGUAGUUGACAUAAUAGGUAUUUACCAUGGAAAUGAAAAACCCAAAAAUGUGAACGAAUUUCUUAAAGACUUUGUGGAGGAAGUGAAUAAAUUUUCAGAACAGGAUGUACCGGCAAAGGCCUUUAUCACUUCUACUAAGGGGCAUAAUGGAUACUACUCAUGCUCUAAGUGUGAGAUUGAAGGGGUAUUUAUACAAAAUAGAGUUUGCUUUCCAAAUGUUAAUAACUUGGUUUUAAGAAAUAACUAUAAAUUUAGACAGAAAACUCAAGAAGAACAUCACUUGGGGGCUAGUAUUUUGGAAAAAAUACCUAGUUUAAAUAUGAUAGAUGAUUUUGUUUUAGAUCCUAUGCAUUUAGUUUACUUGGGUGUAGUUAAAAAACUCAUAGUUACACUUUGGUGCAAUGGCGCUCCUUCAAUUAAGCUAUCUUUCCGUGAAAUUUCAAACAUUUCAAAAAAAUUAUGUGAUUUAAAAUAUUGCAUUCCGGCUGAAUUUAAUAGAAAGCCACGGUCUAUGAUGGAAUGUAAGAGAUGGAAAGCCACAGAGUUUUACCAAUUUUUAAUUUACACUGGCCCCCUCGUUUUAAAAGAUAUUUUGACAAAAGAUAAAUAUUUAAAUUUCUUGUCUCUCCAUGUAUCAAUAUACAUCCUUUCCAGUCCAAGUGCUUCCACAGAAUUAACAAACUAUGCAAGUGAAUUACUGGAAUAUUUUGUCCAUACUUUUAGUCUUCUUUAUGGCCAAGAACACUGUUCCCAUAACAUUCAUAAUCUUCUGCACCUCCAUGCAGAUUUUACUAAAUUCGGUCCAUUAUUUAAUUUUUCAGCAUUUCCUUUUGAAAAUUUCAUGCAAAUCAUUUUAAAAUUAGUACGUAAACAAGAUAAACCUUUAGCCCAAAUUGUAUUUCGUAAAUCUGAACUCAAUGAUUUUCUCUAUAAACAAGAAUCAUCUGUUGAUGAACCUACUUUCAAAUCACGACAUUUUAAUGGACCUCUUAUCGAUAUUGACGAAGAAUAUGAGCAGUUUCAAAAAGUGCAUUGUCAAAAUUUCUUGUUAACUGUGGAAUCACCUGAUCAUUGCUGUUCAUUAAAAAAUGGAAAUUUAAUAUUAAUAAGAAACAUUUUAAUAAAAAAGGGUUUGCCAUAUAUAAUUGGACAUAGAUUUCUAAAUGUUUCUGAUUUUUUUACUGAACCUAUAAAAUCAUCUUUACUUGGCAUUUAUUUAGUAAGAAAUUUGGACAAACUCCAACAGUGGCCACUUUCCGAAAUAACUUCAAAAUGUUUGAAAUUACCAUUCAAGGAUGAUGUUUUUCUAGUGCUUCCACUCUUACAUCUAAAUUAACAUUUUGGGAUAGCUGGUAGUUUUAUGUCCUAGGAAGUGAUUUGCUUUAAUAUCAUUUAUUUUAUUUAUUCAUUGGUACACUUUACAAUGAACAUCACAGCUAACAUGAAUGUGUGUAUUUUUUCAAGUCUCGUUUAACCUAGGUACAAAAAUAACUGAACUUUAUUUCUUGAUAAUGUCUCAUAUUUUUCAAAACUCAUUCUCUAUCAAAAAAAAAUUAUAAAAUAUUUUCUAUAAGUAAAUUAAAAUAUUUAAAAAUGGUCAAUUAUCAUUCUAAGUAUAUGUAGGUAUACCAGCUAUUGUCUGCUAAUUCAAAAGCUAGUUUAUUUGAAGUUGUACAUUUGGUAUAAUUUUUCAAAUUACUGAAAUUCCGUUGCUCAUCGAAAAAAAAGGAUGGAUAAGACGUGGAGUGUAGUGCAGUUUGAGGAGGAAAAUGCAGUGGAAGCAGUGCCCUCCUCAUGGAUUUAUAAUAACAAAUGCUAUUGGCCGCCAUUUAAUAAGGAAAAACUACUAAAAUUUAUUAAAAAUAAUGAGGAGCCAAACACUUGCUGGCCACUGCACCCUGUGAAAAUAUUUCGUAAUGGAAUAUAUGAUGAUUAUCUUACGGCUAGGAAAAAAUGUCAGACUGCCGAAAUGUUCUCGGACCUCUGUUCAGAUACUGGUGAUGAAAAAUCCUCAAGAAAAAAGAGAACAAAAAAAGUUUUUUCGCCGGAAUCCAGCCCCAUUUCUACUAGUGAGGACGAAAAGGAAAGAGGCUGUAAGCCCAAAAAAAAUUCAUUACCACCGGCCCCAAUUUUGGUUGAAAAUCCUGUUCGUCUGGCUAAUUCUAAUGCAAGAGGUCCACGUUCAGAUGCCAAUAAUAUAUUAUCGCCGAAGGGAUCGUCAUCGUCUUCGACGUCUUCUCUAGGAAGUAUGACAUCGAAUUUAGGAUCAGCACUAGGAAAUGGUCGAGUAAUUGAACACCCUCGAUGUGACAAUACCAAUGAAAUCAGAGUGGACGUUUCAGCGACAGAAUCAGGCUGCUGCAAGAUGCAUGAAAUAAAUGAAACUUGCAAAAUAAGUUUCAUUAAAGAUUUUAAUUUUCCUUUAAGCAACGAAGAAGAUUUAACAGGUUUUGAGGAGUAUUUAUCGAAUGAUGUUAAUUAUGCAAUUGUUGUUAAAGAAGUUGUUAAGAUAGGAGGGAUCGACAUUAACCAAUUCGUGAAACGUGGCCUGUCUUUCUGCAUCUCAAACCGAUUGGCGGAGACCUAUACUUACUUUGGAAAAAAAGGGAAAAAAAAUUUUUCAGAACUAAAACUAUGCAGUGUGUUGUUUGAUGCUGUUUUCAAAAAGUUUAAGGAUUCUUCUAGAAAGGACAUUGAAACUAGUAUCAAAAAUUGGAUGCGUAGAGCAAAAGAAAGGAAGUGAACACUUGUCUGCUAUCUUCGUUUUUAUUUUGGUUUGUUGGGUUCCUUUGAGAGUAAAACUUGUUUUGUUUGACAAAAAACAAUAUUUUUUUAUUGAUAUUUUAGUAGUUCCUAUAAGAAUAGUCGUUUUUUUUUAUUGUUAAAAAAAAAUAUAUAUUUUUUUCGUACUUCCGGGACUAAAGCGACAAUUUCACUCCCUCAUGACAGGGACUGAAGUGUCACUUUUUGUCCGUCCAGUAUUUUCGACCGUAUAUGAUUUAUGUUAUUUAAUAAUUUUAUGUUAAUGUUAAUUUGCCAAGAAUAACUGUUUUUUUUGUCUAAUAUAAAAAAUAAUAUUUUUUGAAAGUUUGUUUCUGCGGUUUAGUUUAGGAAAAGGAUAUUAUUAAGCUUUUUCGCAGAAUUAAAAAUUGAAAAACUAUAGUUUCAGUAAUAAUUUCGAUGCACAGCUCACUUAAUAAUAUAUUUUUUAUUUUUAAUUCUGAGAAUAUACUAAAUAAUUU